UUUUUCUCCUGCUGGUGGGUUUUACGCUGACAAGGUGGUUCCUGGAGAGUUAAAAAUUACUCGGAAUUGACUGAAAGUUUGGAUCUCUCUGAAAAUUAACACGGAAAGUCCCCACUGGUGCCAGCCACGAUGCUGAGGCUUCUGCUGAGCGCGUUCUUCCCCUGCCUGAGUUUAGCUGCCCCGUCUCAUAUUAACAAGCUCGCCCUCUUUCCGGAUAAGAACGCCUGGUGCGAGGCCAAGAACAUCACCCAGAUUAUCGGCCACGAAGGAUGCAAUUCUAAAUCCAUCCAAAACAGAGCCUGCAUGGGGCAGUGCUUCAGCUACAGCGUCCCCAACACGCUGCCGCAGUCCACGGAGUCCCUGGUGCAUUGUGAUUCCUGCAUGCCCUCUAACAUCCAGUGGGAAAUUGUUUCGCUGGACUGUCCCCACAAUCCCAUUCCUCGGGUGGAGAAGCUGGUGGAAAAAAUCUUGCACUGCAACUGCCAGGCCUGUGGGGACCAGACCCCCUACCUGAAGGGCGAAGUCAGCAACCAUCCCGACGACGUCCCCAACUUUCCCUACCUCCCCCACUUCCCUGAGGGCCAGGCUCCCGAGCCCCAUCCCCACCCUCAUGAGGCCACUCAGGACUGA